AAUGAGCAAUUAUCUAAGUAGCAGUAUUUUUGAGUCGCUGAAUGGUUUGAAUGAUUUCAUAUACAUAAAAAGAAUCUUAAACACAAAUGCAAGUACAUUGGAUGUGGCUUCCAGAAUUUGUCUACAGCACAGCCCCCUUCCAAUUUUUAGGAUGGCACUCCUACAUUUCACGCUGUCAAAGUUGUUGAUGGAUAAAAGAAUUCGUGACUUUGUUAUUUGAAGUACAUCUUGUUCAGUCUCCUUUCCAUUCAGCCAAGCACGAGUAAGAAAAAAGAUGGCUGGACACAAAAUUUGUUUGGCUGUGCUUUUAAGUUGUUUUUUGGUCUUUUUCUCAGCUGCUGCUUCGGGAGAAACAUCAGAGAGAGCAAGAGAAGCAUCCUACAGUUCGUGGACAGAUGACUUUGUAUAUUGGUGGAGUUAUGCAAGAAUACCUCUCUUUACUUUUGUCAUGGGAAGUUUUGGAAUGACUUGGUAUUUUCUUUUGAAGUACCAAAAUGUAAAUGGUCAAAAAGCAUCUACCACUUCACUCAAAGAUGAUCCUGAAAAGAUAAAGAAAAAUCAAAGUGAUGUAGAUGAAUUAAAGAGGGUGAAAAUAUUCUAUGGUACACAAACUGGGACUGCAAAGGAAUUUGCAGAAGCUUUAAGGCUCAAGUUUGAUGAAGCAUCUUAUGCAACAGAAGUUUAUAAUAUGUCUGAAUAUGAUCCUGAGGAUAAACUUGUUGACGAGAUUGAGAAAGAAAUUUUGUUCAUUUUCGUCAUUUCAACAUAUACAAAUGGAGAAGCCCCUGAGUCAGCAAAAUGGUUUUAUAAAUACAUUGUGGAAUCUAGUGACGACUGCAGAAUGCCUAAAGGUUUACUGGGUGGAUUAAAAUAUGCAGUGUUUGGGCUUGGCAAUUCCCUUUAUGAAAAUAAUUUCAAUCUAGCCGCAAAGACAUUGGAUAAAUCAAUGCACAAACUCUCUGGGAUUAAAAUCUUCCCUACUGGUCUUGGUGAUGAAAAUCUUGCAAAUAGCAAAAAUGGUGGGUUGGAAGGCGAUUUCAACUCGUGGAUGGAGUCGUUGCUGCUGUUCCUAACAGUUAGAAGGGUUCAGUCAGAAAGAAAGACAGAGAAUUGUAAAAAAGAAGAUGGAGAUUGUUGCAAAGAAGACCAAUGUUGCAAAGAAGAUAAAUGUUGCAAAGAAGACCAAUGUUGCAAAGAAAGUAACAGUGAAGAGGUACUUUAUGAAUCUUCAACCGAUGAUGAAGACGGAGACGAUGAAGAAGUAGUCGAUGUAGAAGAUCUCGGAAAAAUGGCGAAUAAAUUGAAAGAAGCAAAGGUGGGAAAAACAAUCAAUACUGAUGGCGUGAGAGCAAGAAAAACAAAGCAAAGAAAAAAGAAGGCAGAAGAAUCUACAGUCCCAGCAGACGCAAAGGAAAUGGUGACACCGCUAAUUCGUAAAAAUCUAGAAAAGCAAGGUUAUAAAGUUGUUGGCUCACACUCUGGAGUCAAAAUUUGUCGCUGGACAAAGGCAAUGCUCCGUGGACGGGGUGGCUGUUAUAAGCACACAUUUUACGGCAUCAAUAGUCAUCAAUGUAUGGAAACAACCCCAAGCCUUGCCUGUGCCAACAAGUGUGUUUUCUGUUGGAGGCAUCACACAAACCCAGUUGGGACUGAAUGGCGCUGGCAAAUGGAUGAUCCAGAUUUGAUUGUCGAUGGAGCGAUGCAGAACCAUUAUAAUAUGAUCAAACAAUUCCGAGGUGUACCUGGCGUUUUACUCGAAAGAUUUCAGGAAGGGAUGCAAAUUCAGCAUUGUGCUCUGUCUCUUGUUGGUGAACCAAUUAUGUACCCGAAGAUAAACGAAAUGGUCGAUCUUCUUCACAGCAAGAAGAUAUCUUCGUUUCUCGUUACAAAUGCGCAGUUUCCUGAUGCCAUAAGAACUCUGAAACCAGUCACUCAACUAUAUGUUAGCGUGGACGCGAGUGACAAGGACAGCCUCAAGAAAAUCGAUAGGCCCUUGUUUAGAGAUUAUUGGCAGAGGUUUAUCGACAGUCUCAAGGCGUUGAAUGAGAAGGGACAGAGAACCGUUUAUCGUCUGACAUUGGUGAAGUCAUUCAAUACAGAUGAAAUCGAGGGCUAUGCCAAACUUGUUGAAAUCGGAAAUCCAAGCUUUAUCGAAGUUAAGGGUGUCACAUAUUGUGGAGAAUCAAAGGCAUCUACUCUAACAAUGAAGAAUGUCCCUUGGCACCAAGAGGUUGUUGAUUUUGUGAACGCAUUGUGCGAGAAAAUUCCAGAAUAUGAACUAGCUUCAGAACACGAGCAUUCAAACUGCGUUCUUCUUGCACACAAACGGUUCAAAAUCAACGAUGUAUGGCACACGUGGAUUGACUACCCAAAAUUCCACGAUUUGAUGUCGAAAUACGAUGCAACGAAUGGACGCGAGGCCUUCAGUGACAUGGACUAUAUCGCGCCAACCCCACACUGGGCCGUUUUUGGUGACGUCAAUCGUGGCUUUGACCCCAAAGAGACAAGGUUCUAUCGUAAGAAGAGGAAAGACAUAUCAGGAUGUUAAGAUCUGUUAGAAUAAUUCGCGUAAGUUUGUUUAAAUUCCACUUUGCGUUUAUCUUUUCGUUUGAAGGGCCUAGAUUAAGUUACGAGGAUUUAUUUGUCAAAGUUAUGACUUUUAAUAAAAUUUAAAAAGAGCGUUUUUGAUGAUAUUGCUUUAAAAAGUAAUUUUUAUUAUUUUAUUUCCUUUGAGCGGUUAUGCUGUAAAACUCUCUUCUAGCAAGGAAGCCGUAAAAAACUUCCUACUUGCUAGCCUUAACGAUAAAAGACCAUAAUUGUUUUGGGCCUUCUAGACUUGGUACUUUUUAGCAUUAAUAUGCGGGCAAUAACAGUAAUUCCCUGUAGUAGAUCAUAACAUAUUAUUCUUACUUGUAUGACCAUCUCAAA